GCCGUGCUGGCACUCCGCCGCAGCGUGCGGCGCCUGGAGCUUGUCAGCGAGGGCACCGAGUGCCAGAAGCGCCCUCCCAGAUUGGAGGAGGCGCCAAACGAUCUUCCUUGGCACCUUCCGCCUCUGCCUCCCAUCAAGGAUGAACCUCCACCCCAAGAGCCGACCCCUGCCCCCCCGGCAGUUGAGCAACUCCUGCCAGCCAGCCCUUCACCGCCUCCAGCGCCAGCGGCCCCGGGCAACCCGGAGCCAGCAGGCCAUGAGCCGCAACCGCAACCACCAGAGCCAGCAGAGCCGCAGCCGGAACCUUCGGAGCCUCCAAAGGUGGAGGUCGAAGUGCCGAGACCUGCCUGGGAGGAGAUACAGAUUCGAGUGGAACCUCCCGAGAUGGAGAUGCCUCGACAGCUUCCCCAGGGCCCCAAGCCCAUGUGGCAGGAGAUGAUGGAGUCGCAAGAUCCGCCAAUGCCGCCACCCCUGCAACCGCCCGCACAGCAUCCGGCGGAACAAGUGCAACUGCCUCCCAUCCGGCCAACGACAGGGGGUGGAGCCGCGCCUGUGGAGCAGGGGGUCAUCUCUGACACGGGACAAAUGGACCUGCUACGUCUGCUGCAGGGCACUCAAGAGGAGGUUUCGCCUCCAGUGAAGCCGGAAGCCACAGGCCCGCCCGUGGCCAGCACACGCCCCUUUGAGGAGGUAAGCACCGCCGAGCUUGCGGCGGCCAGAACGCUUGUGCUGCCUGGGAUGAAGCAGGUUCCGGCGCCGGAGGCACGUGGUGAGCAAGGCACCCGCGAGGCGCGCUCCAUUGCCGCCGCGCUGCUGCAAACAACCCCUCCCUCGGUGGGUGUCGAAGAUCAGCUGCUCCAGGCAGAGAAGGAAGAGCGUCGCGAGUUUGAGGCUCGGCAGGCUGCUGCAGCGGCAGCCGCAGAGGAGGCUCAGCUAGCUGCAGCGGUAAUCGCCAUGGACGAGGAGAAGGUGCUGGCUCCUACAGACAUGGGCCCGCCGGAGGUCUUGCCGGAUGUUGGGCACGAUGACGAGGAGCAGCCAGAGGUCAAGGAGGCUCUGGCGACGCUGAACCGUGCCACCGCGCAGCUGCAGAAAAACGAGUUGAGCCAUGCAGAAGCAGCGAGGACUUUCUCCCGCCUCGUGGCAGGGCUGCAUCCGGGGCGACUUCGGUGCUCGGCGCUGCUGAACCGGGCGCACUGCUAUGUGGGCAUGGGCUUACUGCAAGAUGCCCUCGCCGACAUCCAAGAGAUUACAAACCUCGGAGGUGCAACGGAUGGCUUUGACGCAUCCCGGUGGCCGAAGGUGUGGAUGAGCCGCGGUGGCAUUCACCGGAAGUUAGCCCAAUCUGCCACCGGUGCGGAAGCCGAGAAGCUCUACAGCAAGGCCAGAGCGGACUAUGAGCACGUACUUUCGAUUCAGUCUGCGAGCGACGCCUACAUCGCGAAGGCCAGGCGUUGCCUGGCACAGCUGGAAACUGGCGAGGAGCCACGAGGGCGUCUCUCCGUUGGGGAGGACAGGGCCGAGCUGCAAAAACUGCAGAUCCCCUCGCCCCGGUCGAAGCGGCCCUCCACAUCGCCGUCGCCUGUGGCGAAGCGCGCCCGCCUGGAGAACUCCUCCAGGAGCCGCUCUGCGUCGCCUGCACCUGAUGGGUUGCAGCAGUCUACCCAGCUCUGUGGCCUCAAGGCUGUGCGGCGAGCACUGGAGGCCCUCGGGGACGACUGCAUCACUGCUGGCCGCCUACUCUUCCAGGAUGGGUCGGUCGUCCCCAGGGACACAGGGCUUGGAGGCGAGGCUUCCGCUGCUCCUACCGUGCCCGCCACGGCCUCGACGGCGCCCACGCGGCGGUCCGGGGCGAGGAGGCUCUUCGAGGUGCGCGGCCCCUUCGGACCUCCCGAGCAGGUGACACUCCAGCUCUCGGACGACCUCGGUGCAGAAUGCAGUUGUCGGUUGCAAGGCCAUUGCAAGCAUGUGGCUGCUGCCCUCUGUGCCCUGGAGAAGGAGGAGAAGGAUGCCGCCUUCACAGCACCUGCUACGGCCCCACCUGAGCCACUGGCCACCCGCCCUGCAGAUUCCUCCGCACGGCGGCAGCUAGAGGCCACUUUGCGCCACCUGGAUCGGAAAACGAAUGAUGAGCUCAAGAGCUACCUGAGGCUGAACAAUCAGCUGCUCAGUGGAGCUAAACCCGAGCUUCGGCUUCGCGUCGCCGACGGUGCCGUCUUCGGUGCGCUGGCUCCAUGUCCCAAGUGUGGCGGGCACCUCCACCCGGAAGAGCCGGGACAGGCGCCCAAUACCAUGUACUUUUGCAAGCGUAUACUCCGUGACCGUGAAGCUUGCGGAUUCCAGGUGUACGGCACUGAGGCGGAGCGCCGGCCGUUUCUGGGUGCAGAGGAGCUCCUGAAGCAUGCCUUCUGA